AUGCACCACCUCUUCCUCCUCUUCCUCCUCCUCAUUUCCUUGCUUCCCCAUGAAACCAGCUACUCCGCGGCCGCAGCUUCUGACGGCGGCGACUUGUGCAGCCGCGGGUGCGGCCGUACCACCUUCCCCUACCCUUUUGGAUUCUCAAGUGACUGCCCCAUCCCCAUGUUCUGCGACGCUCGCACCUCCACGCCGAUCCUCUCAUACGAAGCAGGAGACAGCGGCACAUUCUACCACGUCUUGGCCUUCAACUCCACCAGCUCCACCGUCAUCGUCAUGCUCCCAACAUCGUGCAGCCGCAGCGUCGCCGACGCCAGGAGGGCGCUCUCCGGCGGAAACUACGGCGUAUUGUCCAGCACCACGAUGUUCCUCCGUGGCGGCUGCCGCGGCAUCAACGCAUCAGCGGCCGCCGGGUGCAGUUUGCCGGCGGCCGUCAUGUCCAAGCUACUCCACACGGCGCAGUGCGCCGUUAACAACAACGGCACCUCGAACACUACCGUGGCGUGCGUUUCUUCUGCCACAGAGGACACCACUGCGGCGGCGACAGAAUUGUUUCUGCAGUGGGACAAGGUGGAGAAGCAAGAGUGCGACACCGUGCUGACCUCCUCCGUAUUCAUUGACACAGCGGAGGGGACGGUGUCGCUGGAGUACGGGCUCGCAGAGCUGGGGUGGUGGGUCAACGGAACGUGCGCUGACCAGGACACAGAGCCUGGCGUGCGGUGCGCCGGGAACGCGACGUGCUCCGAUGUAAUUACACCGAGCGGGGCGGUGGGGCAUCGGUGCGUGUGCGUGGAAGGGAUGAACGGCGACGGGUUCUUGGCUGGAGAUGGAUGCUACGUCGGUACAAGAGAAGAUGCGUCUCCCUCGAACUCGAAGCACCAACUAUUAGUAGUGGUGCUCACGUCUGUUGGUUGCAUCAUAUUCCUACCAUCUCUCACCAUAGCGAUUUGUAUCCUCUUCCGCCGCAGCCGAAGGCGCAACACCAUCAAGAAAACAAAACGACCACUGAAAGCGGUCACAACACUCUUUCGCGGUGAGCUUGUCGACGAUGAGCUUGACCAAGGAGUUGCUGGGCCCCGGCGAUUUUCUUACAAUGAACUCGCUAUUGCGACCGAUAAUUUCUCAGAUGACAGAGCGCUUGGGAGAGGAGGCUUUGGGUCUGUGUACCGAGGGUUUGUGAGCGACAUGAACCACGAAGUGGCUAUCAAGAGGGUGUCUGAGACCUCUCGACAGGGCUGGAAGGAGUUUGUCACCGAGGUACGGAUCAUUAGUCGGCUCAAGCACCGGAACCUUGUGCAGCUCAUUGGUUGGUGCCAUGGCGGUGACCAGCUCCUCCUGGUCUAUGACUUGAUGCACAAUGGCAGCCUCGACACUCAUUUGUACGGGUCCGACUUCGUGCUGACAUGGGCAAUUAGGUAUGAGAUAGUGCUCGGAGUAGGUUCUGCACUUCUGUACUUGCAUCAAGACAUCGAGCAGCGGGUGGUGCACAGGGACAUCAAGCCAAGUAACAUCAUGCUAGACACAUCCUUCACCGCCAAGCUAGGUGAUUUCGGGCUCGCGAGGCUCAUCAACGACGGUCGAAGAUCGCACACGACCGGAAUAGCCGGCACGAUGGGGUACAUAGACCCGGAGAGUGUGCUGGCGGGCAGGACGAGUGUCGAAUCAGACGUGUAUAGCUUUGGGGUUGUCCUCCUCGAGGUCGCCUCAGGGCAGCGGCCAGCUAAGGUCCAGGAGGACGGCGAUGUCAUCCACCUGGUUCAAUGGGUGUGGGACUUGUAUGGUAGAGGAUCAAUCCUUGAUGCUGCCGACGAACGGCUUAGGAGGGAGUUUAAUAGCGGGGAGAUUGAGCGUGUGAUGGUCGUGGGGCUCUGGUGUGGGCAUCCUGACCGUGGCAUGCGGCCAUCCAUUAGACAAGCGAUGAACAUGCUGCGGUUCGAUGCGCCGUUGCCGACCCUCCCGGCUAGGAUGCCGGUGGCGACCUAUGGGCCACCGACUAAUACUCUGAUUUCUGGAACGUUGGUCAUGAGCAGCGUCAGUGGCCGGUGA